AUGAAUCCACAAGACCAGCCCUCCUUGACUCUGACCUGGGGUAUUCUCUCAACCGGUCGAAUCGCAGAAAAGUUCGCCCUCGAUCUUCUCCACCCACGCCCUUGCUCACCUAUCAACCACACCCUGACUGGCGUGGCAUCCUCCACCUCUCUCUCCACCGCUUGCGCUUUCCUGGACAAAAUUCAGGCGCCAAAACACGUUAUCCCGUAUGGCUCCUACUCCGCCCUUCUAUCGACCCCAUGUGAGGCGGUCUACGUCGCUACGCCACAUUCCCACCACUACCAGAAUGCCAUGAUGGCCCUCGAAGCCGGAAAGCAUGUUCUGAUCGAGAAGCCAAUUACCGUCAAUGCGGAACAAUGCAACGCCCUCGUGAACACAGCCGCGGCGAAGCGGUUGUUCGUGAUGGAGGGCUUGUGGACGCGAUUCCAACCCAUCGGCUAUGCAUUCCGCGAGGUCCUCGGCGAGGUUGGGAAGGUUAAUCGGGUGUGGGCCGACAAUGGGAUGGGGAUGGAGGUUGAACGUCAUUUCCCGACGGGGGAUCGACUGGUGACGUUGGACUUGGCUGGAGGGGGAUUGCUGGAUUUGGGGAUCUACUCCCUGAACUGGGUAUUGCAGGCGCUGGGCCCACGGAGAGACUAUGCACCGCGCUCGGUGGCCUCAGCAAUGACCAAGAACCGAAGCACCGGGGUCGACGAGACGACAACCAUUCUGCUACGAUUCUCGACCGAGAAAGACGACCAAGAGAUUCACGCCAUCGUCGCCUCGUCUCUUCGCUGUGCGACCGAUGCAGAUGGCAGUACACCCUGCGUCCGUGUGCAAGGCGACAAAGGGGAGAUCCAAGUCUUUGGCUGGCCAUGGCGACCGUUGAGACUACGGGUUGUGGCAAGAGAACAAGGAUUUGGUAGUACGGGCAUGGUGGGGAAAGAGAUUCUCAACCAUAUGCCAGACCAGGUCUAUGGUUUAGCAUAUGAAGCAGAUGAGGUGGCGAGAUGUGUACGGAGUGGGAGAUUGGAGAGUGAGAUCAUGAGCUGGAAAGAGAGCCUGGCCACCAUGAAGAUUAUGGACCAGGUCAGAAAGGAGAAUGGAUUGUGGUUUGGGGAAGAGCUGGAGAGUGUGCUGUACCCUUUGGCGCUGUAGCCAGCCUUGUAUUCUCCGGUGUUACAUCCUCCAGUCCUGUCAUCCAC